UCUUGCGACCAACUGUACGGCCAUCUGCUCAAACAAGGGACAGACGGAGGUACUGUACGCGGAGGAUAUAAGUUCACGGACCCCACGGACGUUGGAUCUAGUGUUCUCCGUUUUGGUUUUCAGCGAAAGCAAAAUCAGUCGUACGGGUUGUAACAAUGCGCGCCUUCUUCGCACUUCUUGUCUUGGCGAUCUUUGCCAUCCUCGGAUCGGCACAGGGUCAGGCAGCACAGGCCCAGGGCUCUGAGGCUUGCGGUAAGGAGGAGACGUUCCAUAAAUGUGGUUCCGGGUGCGAACGCACUUGUCUUAACCAGAAGAAAUGGAACGAGCCUUGCGAUAAAGAGUGCAUUGAUGGUUGCUUCUGCAAUGAAGGAUUCCUGCGCGAUGCCAACGGUGAUUGUAUCCGAUCCUGGCUGUGUCCCAAGGAAUAAGCUAAGCACUCUGCUAAGCCGCGAAUCGAAUCUGGUUUUGUCGUCGCCUACCGAUUGACGAUUGGCACUACCAGCUUGCUAUUCUGUUGACGGCGUAAUAAAACCGAAUCAAA